AUGAAUAAUAACCUAUCACAAAUAAAGUUGCAUCAAACUAUCGUAAGUUUAUUAAAAAAAGAAAAUGUAGAAUUGCUCUCAGCUAUUAAUUCAAUUUAAAAAAGAAUUAAUGAAAAUUUGAAUAUUAAAUUAAAUCCAAAAGCCAUCAUAACGUAAUACUUUGAAGUGUUAUAUGAAUAAAAUGAGUAUCGCUUAAUGGGAUUAUCAUUAAAUGUAGAAGAAGAAUUAAAUAAACAUUUAAAAAAUAUCCCACUUAAUACCUUGUUUCCUUAAAGUAUUUGGGAUUUUUCUCUUUCAAGUAAAUAUCUUAGUAAAAUUAGAAAAUUUUCAAAAAAAGUUAUCAUCUUUGAAUGAAGGAAAUUUAAUGAAUGUAUUAGCAAUGAUAAAAGUUUUAGUUUAAGGAAAAUUUAAUAAAUCAAAUUAAUAAUGGUUUAAAGUAAAUCUUCUGUAAGUAGGUAGUAUAAAAUUUCCAUUUCAAUAUGAUUAUUAAUUAGAAUCUAUACCAGAAAAGUAAUAUAUUAUUUAAUUUUAAAUAUUUCCAAAAAAAUAUCCAUUAAUGAAUGGUAAAUAACAUCCAAUUUAAUUCGAUUUUGUCCAUUAAAUAAUUUUUGUUGAUUUGAAUGAGAAAACAAAUUAGAAAAAUUAAAUACAAUAUGAAAAAUAUUUAAAAGAUUAAUAAAGUAAACCAAAUUUUUUUACAGACAUGAAAUUAAUCUAAGAAUUUAGUUUUGAUAAAAAAAAAGUUAAAUAUUAAAGAGUUGGAGAAGUUUCUGAGAAUGAAAAUUAAUUGAUAGGGCCAAGAAUAUUUAAACCGUUAGUAUGUAAUGGAAAUAAAUUUAAUUAUAAUCAGAAAUUAAAUUUAUGGAUGACUAUUGAAGAUGAAGAGAAAUAUCGAAAGAAGUUAAAAUAAUUAGAAGAAAUUAGAUCAAAUAAUUAUAUUAUAAAAAAAUAUUGUUAAUUACCAUCAUCAGAAUAAUUAUUAACAAUAAUAAAGAACAUACCAAAUUUUAAAGUAAAAUUGACACAAGAGUAAAAAACAAUAAUAUCAUAUGGAGGAGAUGCUUUAGUUAUUGGUAGAAGUGGAACAGGUAAAACUACAUGUGCUUUAUUAAAAUUAUUUUCAACAGAUAUUUUAUAUAAGUUAAGAAUAAAAUUAAAUUAAAUAAAAAAUAGUACUUCUGAUAUUUAAUUAUCUUAAUAAGAUUAAGACUAAUAAUUGAAAACUAUAUUUGUAACAGCAAGUCCAUUAUUAGCUUGUUAAGUUAAAAGAUUGUAUGAUUAAUUAGUAAAUAAUAUCUAAAAUACUAUUAAUACAAAAAGAUAAAAAUAAAAAUAGUAGUAAUAAGAAAAUGUUUAAUCUUAAAAUAUAGAUUUUGAAUAAAGUACUUUUUAAAUAAUAGAGGCCUUAUAAUAAAAUGAUGAAGAAAUUGUUAAAAAUUAAAAAGAAGUUGAGUAAGAGAAUGAAAUUGAUGAUGAAGAAAUAAAUUAAUUUGAAAAAGAAAUGGGAAAGUUUAAUAAAUUUAGUGAAAUUUAAUAAUUUCCUGUAUUCUUAACUUUAAGAAAAUUAUUGGCUUUAAUUGAUUCUUCCCUUUUGAAUUCUUAUUUUAAAGUUUAUGGAGGAUAUUAAAAUAAAUUAUCAUAAUGGCAUAAUGAAUCAUCUGGUUUAAUGAGUUUAGAUUAAAAUUAAGUUUAAUAAACAUUUAAUGAAGAUCUUCUUCAUAAUCAUAUAAGAUUGAUAGAUAAUCAAGAAUUUAUAGAGACAAAUUUAUAAGAAGUUACUUUAGAUGUUUUUGAAAGAGUAUUUUGGCCUAAAAUAGUAAGAGAAUUAAAAAAAGAAUAUUUUGAUGUAUCAACUUUUGAUCCUACAUUAGUUUGGAGUGAAAUUUGUACUAAAAUAAAAGGUCAUGAAACUUCACAUGAAUAUCCUGAUAAAUAUAUGAAUUUUGAAAAUUAUUCUUAUUAUCAUAGAGUUUUAUCAGAAGUAUAAACAAAAUUACUUUAUAAAGCAUUUGAAACUUAUGAAAGAUUAAAACAAAGUUAUGGAUAUUAUGAUUUAUUAGAUAUUGUAAAUCAUAUUAACUAUGAAUUAACUUAAGGAAAUGAUGUACUUGAAUGUGUACAUUAUUUAAUGUUAGAUGAAUUAUAAGAUGUUCCUAGAGCUAUUUUAGUAUUAUUAGAUAGAAUGGCAGAAUUUGGAUUAUUUUGUUGUGGAGAUAAUGCUUAAAAUAUUGCUAAAGGAAUUGGAUUUAAGUUUUUUGAAGUUUAAAAUUGUAUAUUAAAUUAUAGAGGUCAUUAAAGAAGAAGAUAAUCUAAUUUAACUUUAUUUGAUUUAAAUAUUAAUUUUAGAUCACAUAAUUAAAUUCUUUAAUUAGCAAAUUCAGUUAUUAGAAUUUUAGAAAUUUGUUUUCCUUAGAAAAUUGAUAGAUUAAGAAAAGAAAUCUCUGAUUUGACUGGACCAAAACCAAUAAUCUUAUAAACUGAAGAUCCUUUAGAUUUAUUAUCAUAUAUUUAAGAAUUUUUUACAAAUGAAAAAAAAGCUGUUGAAUUUGGAUGUAAUUAGGCUAUCAUAGUAAAAGAUUAAGAAUCUAAAGAAAAAUUACCUUAAGAACUUUAAAAUGCAUUAGUAUUAACAAUCUAUGAAGCUAAAGGUCUUGAAUUUGAAGAUGUAAUUUUGUAUAAUUUCUUUAAUGAUUGUGCUAUUUCUAUAGAAGAUUGGAAAUGUUUGAAUGAAUUAGAAAUAUAAAAAACUUAUAUGACUUAAGAAUAAUUUAACAAUUACUAAACAGGUAUUAAAUUUAUAAUUAUUUUAUAGUUCAUUAAACUGAGAUAAUAGCAUCAGAUUAUAAUAAUUUAAAAAAAUUAAUAGAAAUUAAAUAACUUAAAUUACGAGUUAUAAUAGAUUAAAAAUAAUAAAAAUCUAAUUAAGAUUAAUUUUAAGAAUAUAUGUCAUUAUGUUAAGAUUUGAAAUAACUUUAUGUUGCUAUAACAAGACCUAAAAGAAGAUUAAUAAUAUUUGAUUAAUAAAUUAGAAAGAGAUAAAUAAUAUAAUCUAUUUGGGAGAAAUUGGAAGUUGUUGAAAUUAUUUAUAAAAAGAAUAUAAAACAAUCUUAAACUUAAUUUAUUCUUGAAAAUACAAUAGAUAAUUAAGCUAAUUGGAAAAAACAAGGAUAUAAAAUGUUUAGAUUGAAUAAUUAUGAUUAAGCAGCUAAAUGUUUUAGAUUUUCUGGAGAUGAAUAAUUAGCAAUUAAGUCUAAUGCUUAUUUUUUAGCAGCUUAAGCUAAUAUUUUUAAUGAAAAUUAUGCUAAUUAUAUAGCAGCAGCAAAAUUAUUUGAGUAAAUUAAUUUACCUUUAAGAGCAGCAUAAUGUUAUUUUUCAGGAAAAGAAUAUAAUAAAGCUUAUUAAUUAUAUAAAUUAACUAAUUUUAAGAGUGAAACUGCUGAAUCUGCAUAUUAUGCAGGAUAUUUUACUGAAGCUGCAGAUUUAUUUUAUUAAGUUAAAGAUAUAAGAAGAGCACUUGAUUGUUAUAAAAAAGCAAAUAAUUGGGAGAAAAUUAUUGAAUUAUUAAAUUUGUACAAACAUGAAUUUUCAUCUGAUGAAAGAAUGGCUUUUUUAAAUAAAUUCUUUCCAAGCUUUUUAUAAGAAAUGACUGAUUAAAUUGAACAAGAAGAAAAAGAAUUAGAAGAAUAGAAUUUAAAUGAAGAACCAAAUCUUGUAUAAUAAAGUAUAAAUAAUUAAUCUUAGAGUUUCUAAAUUGAAAAUUCUUUAAUAAAUGAAUCAAAAUCAAUUUAAGAAGAUAAUGUUUAAAAAGAUCUUGAAACAUCUUAAGUAAGUAUUUUAUAAUAAGAAUAAUAACAAAUUAUUUAAUAAGAAUAAUAACAAAUUAUUGAAUUAGAUGAAUCAGAGUCUUUUUGUGUUUAAAAUGAUGAAUCUUUUGAUCAUCUUUCAAUGUUUGAUCCAGAAGAUGAAUGGUUGAAAAAUAAUUAAAAAUAAUUGAUUAAAUCUAUUGCAACCUCUAGUGUUGAAUCUCAAUUUUCUAAUGUUUUAUUAUUAAAUUAACCUUCAAAUGUAUCAUUAUUAAAAUCUAGAACUAAUAUCUUUAUUAAAAAAAAUGUUUUACAAUAAUUAAUUUAAAAAUUUUAAUACUUUUCAGAUGAUUUCAAGGCUCAUAUAGAAAAACAAACCCAUAAAGCUACUUUAUUAUCUGAAAGAUCUGGAGAAGAGAAAGAAUUUGAUUAUAUGAUCAAUUUUCUAUAUGAUUUAGAUAAUAUAGAAAUAGAUAUUGUAUAUUUGAUUUUAGAUUUAUUAGAAUAAUUCAAAAGCUAUAAAUUAUGUAUUUUUGUUUGCAAUCAAUUCAAAUUAGCUUAAUAUGCAGGCAGAUAUUUAGUUUCAUUAGCUUCGCUUUAUACUCCAUUAACUAGAAGUCCUUUGAGAAACAAUUUCUAGAUUAUAGCAAAUAAAUUAUAUAGAAAAUAAAUAUUAGAAUAAGCAGCAGUAUCUUAAUUAGCUAUGAAUAAUAUUCUAGAAUCAAUUAAUCCUUAAUUUUUAUAAUUUAAAUUCGAAUAACAAUUUAAUACAUCAAAUAGUUUUGGUAUUACUUGCUAUAAAGAAUUAAUUGGAUUAGGAUAUUGGAAGACUGUCAUUUAUCAAUUAAAUUAUUAACAUGCAUUAAAAUUAUGUCGAUCCUUUAAUAGUUAUAAAGAUAUUAUUAAUAUCAUUUAAAAAAUUAAAGAAAAUAGAUAAAAUAAAUCUCUUAAUGAAUAAGAAGAAUUUAAUUUAAUUAAAUAUUAAUAUCUUUUGGGAGUUUAAGAAGCACUCUAGUAUUAAAAUUCUGAUUUUAAUCCUAUAUUUUAAACUACUAUAAAAUAUUUUAAUAAUAAGUAGUAAUUAAAUCAAUAAAUAUUACAAGAAAUUAUUCUUAAUAAUUAAAUCUAAAAUAAUAAUUUAAAUUUCACUUAAUAGCUAAAGUAAAUAGAAACCAUUAUUCUUUAACAUUUAAUUUUAAAGAAAAUAGCUUCUUCAGAAAAAAUAUCUAAAUUAGAUGUUUCUUAAAUAGUUGAAAAUUAAAUCUAUUAUUUAAAUCAGAUGUAAUUAUUUUCAAAAAAUUCUAAUAUUUUUGAUUCAUUCUCAUUUAUAUAUUAAUUUUCAUUACCUGAAGGAGAAAUUAUGGAUCAUUAUUCUUAAUAUUCUCUAGUAUAUUUAACUUCAGAUUUGAUCUAACAUUUGCAAUAAGCAUCAAAAGAAAAAUAAAAAGAUAAUUAAACUAUAUAACAAUAACAAAUAAAAUUUAUUGAUAUUGGUUUUGAGUUUAUUUUAACACCUUAUCAUACUGUAAUGAAAGCUAUUCAUAAAUCUUUUAAUUAGAUGCUCUUUGAUUUAUUUUAUAGAUUUUCAGAAUAAUUAAAAAGUUAUUACUUGACACACAAUGACUCAAAUAAGCUAUUUAAUUAAAAUUUAUAUCUUGAUAAUUAUUUACCAUACUUUUAACAAUUAUACUAUUUAGAUUUAAAAUAAAAAAAUGUAUUACCUUUAAUUUUUUAUCCUAAAUAAGUAAAUACAUAAAAAUUUAAGAAUUUUAAUGAGUAAGGAAGAAUUAAUAUGGAAAUUGAGAAACAUUCAUCUUCAAUACUAAAUUCAAUAAAGUCUCUUCAUUAAUUAGAUUUUUAUAAGAUAUUAAUUAAAACUAAUAUUAGAAAUAAUAAUUUACCUUCAAAAAUAAAAUCAUUAUUAAGAAAUGAAAGUAUUUCUUAUCUUUAAAAGACUUAAGAUAAAAUCAGCCAUCAAAAAAUUGUUUUAGCUAUAAAUCUAUUAAAUUAUAUCAAUGAAUUACCUUUGGCUAUUUUUACUCUUAAAUAAAUGAAAAAACCUAUUUUCACUAAUCCCUAUAUAAAAUAUAUAGAAUUUCUUGAAUGUUAAGAAUACAAUAUUACUGAAGAUCUUUUUGGGUGUUUUUCUGAAUUUAGUGUAGAUCUAUAAAAUAAAUUAUAUUUAGAUGAAUGGUCAUACCACUUAAUCAGAGUUGGAUUAUCAAUUUUAAUUUCAAUUAUGGCAGAGAAUAAAUUAAAUAUUUAUAUUCCUUGUAUAUAUGGAGAUUUUAUUAAGGGAUUGUAAGAUAAAAAGAUACAAGCUCCAAUAUUCAAAAUUUAAAAUAAUGACACUCUUAUUUACUUUUUAGAUCUUUUAGGAUAAUUUUUAGAGAGUUGUAAUUCCGAGCAUUAUGAAUUUCAUGGGAAUGUAUUACUACUUACUUUUAUUAUUAAUUUACCAGUAUUAAAAAAUGAAGUAAUAAAUUAAAUAUCUUAAAUAAUUGAAUUUGAUUCCAAAUACAAAUUUUAUCAAAGACUCAAGUUUAUAAUAAGUAAAGACCUAUAGGUUAGAUAAUCGGAAUAUAUUAAACAAUCAAAAUAAUUAUAUAUAUAAUAAUACUUAGAUUUACAAAUUAUACAAUUAGAAAUAUAUAAUACAAAAAAAUAAAAUGAACUUGAAUAAAUUUAUAAUAUUUGCUUAUCAAAUUGGGAAAAUUAUUAAAAAUAAGCUGAGUCAAUUAAAAAAAAUGGUUUAAAUUUAGUUUAAAAAUGGAUAAAACAUAAAAAAUAUAUAACUGAAUCAAAAUAUUUAAAUAAAUCUUAUCCUAUUUAUUAAUCAUAGACUUAGAUUGUAAGAUUUUAAAAAUUUUAUUAAAUAAAUUUUUAAGAACUUUACAAAAAUUUAAAUAAAAAAGAGAUUUAAUUUGAAAAUAAUAUCAAAGAAGCUUUUACAUUAUAAGAGUAUAAUUAUAUUAUUAUAUAUUUAGGAAUAUUUUGAAUUAUAGACAUGAAGCAGUUGAUUCUAUAGAUCUUCAUUAUUGUAAUUAAUUAUUGGAAUAGGUUUCUUAAUUUAAAAUAUAAAUUUAAAAAGGUAUUGAUGUAAGUAUCUAACUAAUGGAAUUAUCAAAAGAAUUUUAAGUUUGGAAAGAGAAUAUUAAAUAAUCUUAACAUUAAUAAGAAGAAUUAUUGGCUAGAAAUAAAGAAUUACUAGCAAUAAAAUGGUAAAAUUUGAAAUCAGGAGUAAAAUUGAAAAAGAAAGUUAUAAAAAAAGUAGUUAUUUAAACAAUAUAAGAAGAGGAAGAUGAUGAAUAAUAAUGA